AUGUUCAGUUCCAAAGACCGCUUCUCAGAAAUCCAAUGUCCAUAUCAAGAGACAUGUGUUCUUCCGAGGUGCAUAUUUGCCCAUUCCAAAGGGUUGAUAGACAAUCAGGGAACGGUAAUCGGUAUCCAAAGCCAUGCUGAACUCGAUGGUCAUGAUCUUGGAGGUCCUCGAAAAAGGCUGAAAGUAGAUGAUGGGAACAAAGCACCCGCAAUGGGUCAGCAGAAACUUUCAUCCGUUACACGCCCAGUUUCGCCUCCUCCUUUACGAAGGAAGGUUGAAAAUCGACACGCUGCGCCCACCAAGCAACCUCUUGUUAAAACUAGCUCGAAUCCCGCAUCCACGCCCGCCAAAUCAAGCGCUGGGGCCAAAACGCCUGUCAAAGUCGUUCCCAAGAAGGAAGGUUUAAAUCCCCGCCCUCUCAAGGUGCCAGCUCCCGCUACACAUGAAAUGAGAUUUAGAUUGCUACGAGCACUCCACGAGCAGUUUAAUCGGCUUAACUCCGAGUUGGUGAAGGACGCAAAUAAAGCAGAGGAACCACUUGUGCUCUCAGAACAAGAACUUAUCACGAAAGCCCUGGAUGCAGAACAAGAGGCUACUAGUAAUCCCAUCGUUUACUCCAACGUUGUGAAAAACAAGAUAUUAGUCUUCAAGCGGAUGUCUGUGAAACAAUGGAAGGAAGAGCGAGAACUGGAAGUGGCGAAGGUGACGGCAGCAGAGGCAGCAUCGCGGUUCAACGCUCCCGUUUCCAAGCCUACUGGGCCUCCUACACCUAUUGAAACUGGAUUGAGUCUUGAGGAAGAACUCGAACUCAUGCCGCAACUUUACGCCCCUGUUACGGGUCUAUCGCAACAUGGCUAUAUAACAUCUAUUCCAUCGGAUCAAGAGAUCGACUCGGCAAAAAAAGGGAUCGAAGCAGCCAAAGGAUGGGAAAUCUGCGAUCGCUGUAAGGGCCGAUUCCAAGUAUUUCCCGGCCGUAGAGAAGAGGAUGGUGCGCUUACGUCCGGCGGUUCAUGCACAUAUCACUAUGGAAAGGCCUUUUUUCAAGAGCGUUCAGCAAACGAUCCAAAAGCAAAGCGGGAGAAGAGGUAUAGGUGCUGUGGCGAAGCAAUGGGCGAUUCGCGAGGCUGUACGAAGGCCGACUCUCACGUAUUCAAGGUCACCGAGGCGAAACGGUUAGCAGCGGUCUUGAAUUUUGAGUGUACGCCUGAGAAUACGGAGAAGGAGUCAUCCAACCCGGUCUGUAUCGACGGUGAGAUGGGCUAUACAGUCUAUGGCCUCGAUCUCAUCCGUUUAACUGCUACAUCUUAUCCAUCCGGCGACGAGCUUUUCGAUGUGCUAGUGCGCCCAGUUGGUGAGAUCCUUGACCUUAACUCACGCUACUCAGGCGUCUGGCCCAAAGAUAUGGCCGAGGCUCUCCCACACUCUCCAUCGUCCCAGCCCUCAAUAGUCUCAACAGAGACUAGCGAGAAGAAAAGCCUACGAAUAGUAGACUCCCUAGCAGCAGCCCGCUCUCUCCUCAUGUCCCAUCUCUCACCGUCUACCCCCAUCAUCGGCCAUGGUCUCGAGAAUGAUCUCAACGCUACCCGUCUCGUCCACCCAACCAUAAUCGACACAGCCCUCCUAUUCCCCCAUAGAGCAGGCUUGCCCUACCGGAAUGCUCUGAAAAUGCUCAUGCAGACCCAUCUUAAUAGAAAUAUUCAGGUUGUGGUUGAUGGGAAGAUGGAGGGACAUGAUAGUAAGGAGGAUGCGAAUGCUGCUGGCAUGUUGGUUAAGUGGAAGAUUGGGCAGGAGUGGAAGAGGAUGAAGAGGGAGGGCUGGGUUUUAGAGCAUGGGGAGUUCAAGCCGCCGAAAGGGAUCCAGGGGCUGGGGAAGUUUGGAGGCUUGGGAAGUGGAGCCGGGACUAAGAGAUCGAGGGAGGGCAGCCCCUCAGAGGAGUUGGUUAUAGGGAGGUUGAAGUGA